AAACAGGAAGUAGCACCGGUAAUAAUAGUUUAACGCUGGCUAUAUACCCUUUGCUGCUCAAAGCUAUUCUUUGUCGACAUUGUAACGGUUGCGCACAUUUACGGCAAAAGUUGCGCUUCUCUGUUGUAUGUACGCUGCAGAAUGAGAUAUUAACAGGCUAAUUCUUGGACGCUAUUCCUGCAUCCGUAUAGCUAUCAGUGCUAACUAGCAGGCUAGGCUAACAGUUUUCGCCAUGUCUAAGCAGACGCUGGGGAAGGUGCUGUUGAAGAAUGUAAUCCGCCACACAGACGCUCACAACAAGAUUCAGGAGGAGAUGGAGAUGUGGAAAAUGCGAGGCUGGGAGACACGACAUGUAUCAGACACGGGGGGUGUGAGGGGGCAUAUGCACUGUGAUCGGAUCCCAGAUCAAACUAGUCGAAGCAGGGGGCGAGUGUCGGAGCACGACGACAGAGAGGCCAGAAUCUGGACUCGCAAGCUCUACGAAUUUGAGGCCAACGAUCCCGACAGAUGGGGACACAGUGGCUUCAAGGAGCUUUAUCCUGAUGAGUUUGAAAGUGACGGUGAAAAACAAGGUGCUACAAAGAAUCUCGGCCACCACAAAAGGAAAAAGUCCAAGUCUGACACAAAAGCAAGCAUAUCAAAACACUCCAAGAAAUCCUCGCGGAAGAAGAAGAAGAAAAAGAAGAAAAAAGAUGAAGGAGUGAAGCACAAGAAAGCAAAGUGUUUGAGCAGCGAUGACAGCAGCGAAGACAGCAGUGAUGACAGCAGCGAAGACGGAGGCGCCGCCAAAGACAAGCACGGAAGGAAAAGGACUAAAAGUCAACAUAGAGACAAGAAAAGUGCAAAAACCAGAGGGAGAGACCGUGACAGCAGCUCGGGGGACAGCGAUGGUGGAGACAGGAAGAGACGAGCGCGCAAGAAGCAGAAACGGGAGUCCCUCAACAAAGACUCAGAGUCUGGGCGUAACUUAAAAAAGAAGAGGAGGAAAAACUGGAGAGCAGCAGGCGAGGAGAGCUCAGAUGAUAGUUGUGCAGAGUGAAACGCUCACACUUGGACUGAGCUCAGGUAAUGAGCAAGAAAACUACUGCCGCUUCCUUAGUUCUCCUUAACUGCACAGUGGGUUUUCCGCUGCAGGGCUCGUCUGUAUUCUACUUUGUUCGACAUAAACAAACUUGAACUGUCAGCUCUCUCCGCGUGUGUUCGCUGUAGCGAUAUCUCAUCACCUCUGCAGCUGCUCCGAGCGCAUUACAGCCGCACAGGCAACAUGAAGAGAGAUGGUGGGGUAUCCGGCACCUGCUUCGUGAAAGAAUUCUGUUAGCUGCAGGCUCAUUGAUCGAGCAUUGAGUCUCGUGCUUCAGACUGUCGGUCUCACACAGAGACCGCGUGUCCUGAAAUGACCACCAUUUUUAUUCUAUUAAAAAGAAAAGGGAAAAACUUUCCUCAACCGUUUGUAAUAGAAUGUUUAUAUCUUUUUAGUUUUGUAAAUUUUAAUAUUUGUAUGUGAUAA